UCAUCGCCACUUUGUGUAGGUGUCUAACGAAUAUGGAGGAGUCUCGUUUAAUAAGAGCACGCGCGCGUGACAACUGCAGCGCUACCGCAAGUCCCGUGAUACCUUUCGGCAUCGAGGAAAUGAUGCUCUCUUUUGGCAGAAACUAUGUUCCACGACUGGUGUCGACUCUUCGCACUCCAGCAAUGCUCAUCGACGUCGAAAAGCUUCAGAACAACUGCAAGAAGAUGCAGGACAGAUGCAAGCAUAUGAACGUCGCUUUGAGACCUCACAUGAAGGCGGUCAAGACCAGAGAAGUCGGUUGUUUUAUGACUAAUGGCUCACGACAAAGGAUUGUUGUGUCGAACAUGGCCGAGGCGAAGUUCUACGCUGAUGGGGGAUUUGAUGACAUUCUUCUAGCUGCUCCCAUCACUCAAAACAAGCUGGAGUCAGCUAGAGAGUUGAUGUCACAGCUUGAUGCGUUUCAUGUGACGACCGACAAUAUGACUGUUCUCAAUGCUAUUGCAAGAACUCCUCCUGCUGAUGGAAAGCGAUGGUCUGUCGUGCUCAAGCUGAAUGUGGGAUCCGCCAGAUGUGGCGUUGAGCCUUCUGAUCCAGCCGCACUACAAUUGGCUCGUGCAAUCAACGAUAGCACAAAUAUAAAAUUUGCUGGUGUCUACGCGUACUGUGGUCACUGUUACGAUUAUAGUCGACCAGAUGAAAUAUCCAAAGCCGCCGCUCGUGUAAAAAACAAAACAACCGCCUUCGCUAAAAGACUCGAGUCAGAAAACAUUGAAUGCCCUAUUGUUGGAGUUUUUACGACACCCGCUUGUACGUUUGCAACAUGUGACAUGACUGGAGUUACAGAGGUUCAUCCAGGAAGCUUUGCUUUCAACGAGUUUGAUGUAGUUAGGACUGGAGCAUGUUCUGAGGAGGAUAUCGCCGUUAGUGUUUUGACCACUGUUGUUGGACACUAUCCCAAGACUGGACACAUGAUAAUCGAUGCUGGCUGGACUGCAAUCAGUGUACAUAAGGGAGAUGACGAUGUAGGUUUUGGUCGUUUUAUUGGAGCACCUGAGUUACGGGUCACGAAAAUCUAUCAGGAAGUUGCCAAAGUAGAAUCGAUAUCCGGUCAUCUCAACUUCCAAAAGUACCCGAUUGGGAGCACCAUUCGUCUCCUCCCGUUUAUGAGUUAUGCGGUUGCCGUGUUGCAUCCAGUUCAUUAUGCCGUUAACGGAGAUUUGGUCGUCGAUGAAUGGAUGCCAGUGAAAGGCUGGUGAUUACUGAAAUCAACCGGGUUGUCAGCGAGGUGAUCGUUUCUAUGAACAAAAAGUACUAAAAAUGAUUGCUAGAGCAAUUGCUCAGAGUCUUUAAAUUUUUUGUACGUUUGUACCUGUGACAACCAGUUUGGUAUUUUCUUUUGAAAUAAUACAUACAGUGCAUUGUAUCACUUGUUUGUAUGGGUUACAGUCAAUGGGAUAUACG